UAAUGGUCAAUUGAAAGGCUGUUAUGUGAUAUCAAAAGGUCUCCCUGAGUAUAUUUCCAAGCGGUUGCAUAAAAAAGGAUGACAGACACGUCUCGGCUCCUAUGUAUGUUUUCAAGUCUUCAUAAUGGCAGGAGCUAUGCAUCGAGGUACUAGCUGUCCUUUCUAGCAUAUAAGCUUCCAGCUAAGGUGAUAGCAUCUGCUCAGCAACGACGCGUUCGUUACAUUACUAUGACGGUUAAAAAGGAUGUGCCCAGCUCUUAUAAGGCAAUCGACGUUAGUCGAGCGUAAAUGCAAGUAAUAUCCACUCUUCACAAAUUUGAUGAAAAUAACUUUACAAGCUUUGGUUGUUGUGACCAUACCAUACUUUGGGUACCAACAUUGGUUCACCACUCUCCGCUUGAAACUUUGGUUCUUGAAACCGAAUAUAAAGGUGUUGAAAGCAGCAAUUUCCGUAAAAAACCAGUUUCUUUUUACCUGCAUACUUAUUAUAGUAACAAAAAAAUGGCUGCUGCUUCACCCGUGUUUCUUCUCACAGGCGCGUCCCGUGGUAUUGGCAAGGCAACUGCUUUGGCUGCUCUGACCACCUUUAACGCUCGCGUUGUCGCCGUCGCACGAAAUGCUGAUUUACUCAAGGAGCUUCAAUCCGAAGCAGAUAAACUUGGCAAGGCCGAUUCGCUUGUUGUUGUUGCUGGCGACGUUACUGACAUUCAGAUUGUAAAGCAAUCCGUAGCACUGGCCAUUGAGAAAUGGGGUCAACUUGAUGCUAUAAUUGCCAAUGCAGGUGUCGUUCAGCCACUAGCUUCGGUUGCCGACGUCUCUAUCGAAGAGUUCAAGCGUUCGUUUGAUAUCAACUUUUUCUCAAUUGUUUCGCUUAUUCAAGAAGCAUUGCCUCACUUGCGCAAGUCAAAGGGUUCAAUUAUUAUGGUGUCAUCGGGUGCCGCUUCUCGAGGAUAUCUUGGAUGGGCUGCUUAUGGAUCAUCCAAGGCUGCCAUGAAUCAUUUGGCCUCGACCUUGUCAGCCGAAGAGUCUGAUGUGACCAGCAUUGCUAUUCGACCUGGUAUCGUAGACACGGACAUGCAAAGCGUGCUCCGCGCUGAAGGCAAGGAAUCGAUGAAGGAUGACCACCAAAAGUUCAUCGACCUGUAUAACUCGGGUGCACUUGUGCGCCCCGAGCAGUCGGGACAUGUAUUGGCAGCUCUUGCAGCGAAGCCUCCUCGUGCUAUGACCGGUUCUUUCUGCAGUUGGGAUGAUGAGAGCCUCAAGGACUAUCGUCUUUAAAUAGAACAAAAGUUUAAACGGUACAAUACAUUGAAUGUAGUAUGCAUAUAAUCAUUUCAAUGGCUCUGGUCAAUCCAGUCUUCCAUAAAAUAAAGCAAACUUUGAAGCUAUAUAAUCAUUUCAAAUUAUCAUUCAAACAAAGGCCGAAGA